AUGGGAGGCUGCGUUUCUACAAAAAAGCAUGAAAUCGCCGGAACUCUCCGAAGAAGCGAAAACAUCCAGCAAAAGAUCACAGAAGCUACGAUCGAGCUGAACAUGGCGGAAAGUCAACUUCAGAAGAACUCAUCCAAAGUCCUCAUCCUUCACAACGAGCUGAAGGUUGCAAGAGAAGAGAGUCGAAAGCUCAAAAGUGCCGUUUUUCAAAUGCGAGAGCAAUAUUCCAACACGACUUUGGAUUUGAAAAGAAAACUGAUGUUCGAGCAAGAGAACGCACGAUACUACAAGGGGCAGUAUCUCCUCGCGAUGAGCAAGCUCGCCGAUAGACAGCAGCUCAACCAGGAGCUGAUGCAAAAAAUAACGAAGGUUCACGAUUCUAUGCCCAGAAAACAACGCGCUCGUCGCGAACAACCCCACUACUCUGACCACGCAUCUACAAUUUCAUCCGCUUCUUUUUGCUAA